AUGGGGAUUACCAAGUCUAAAAGAAGCACAUUAUUUGCAUCUAUCAUGAUUUUGGCAAUAUUUUCUUCUGCAGUGGCUUAUGAUCCCUUUGAUCCCAAUGGAAGCAUCAAUAUCAAGUGGGAUGUUUUGUCUUGGACCCCUGAUGGCUAUGUGGCAGCAGUGUCAAUAAGCAACAACCAAAUGUACCGGCACAUCACAAGCCCCGGAUGGAGCUUAGGAUGGACAUGGGCAAAGAAGGAAGUGAUCUGGUCCAUGGUGGGAGCUAAAGUCGCCGAUCAAGGGGACUGUUCGAAAUUCAAAGGGAACACCCCACUUUGUUGUGAGAAAACUCCAACAGUUAUUGACUUACUUCCCGGAGUUCCUUACAACCAACAGUUCACCAAUUGCUGCAAGGGUGGUGUUUUGACAUCAUUGGGACAAGACCCUUCUAGUGCAGUCUCAGCAUUUCAGAUGAGUGUUGGCCUUGCAGGCACUUCAAAUAAAACCGUAAGGCCUCCGAAGAAAUUCUUUUUGCUUGGUCCUGGAUCAGGCUAUACUUGUAGUGCCGCCAACAUUGUGCCAUCCUCGGUUACCUUGUCAUCUGACCACCGGAGUAAAACUAGAGCAAUGAUGACAUGGAGUUUGACAUGCACUUACUCACAAUUGAUUGCCUCUAAGAACCCGACCUGUUGUGUGUCCAUGUCUUCCUUCUACAGCCCCUUGAUCACUCCAUGUCCAUCUUGUGCUUGUGGUUGUAAGGAUGCAAAUAAAUGCGUGAAUGACCUUAGGGAUUCAAGUCUGCUACAAUCGAAAACCUCAGCCAAGGAAAAUGCACCACAACUGUUACAAUGCACAGAACACAAGUGCCCGAUCCGAGUUCAUUGGCAUGUGAAAGCUAGCUACAGAGAGUAUUGGCGUGUGAGAAUUACCAUCACCAACUUUAACUUCCUCAUGAAUUACACACAAUGGACACUAGUUGCUCAGCACCCAAAUCUCAACAAACUAGCUAAUAUUUCUAGCUUUCUUUAUAAACCACUUAUCCAAUACAACCCCACAAAUGACACUGGUAUGUUUUAUGGCAUAAAAACUGUGAAUGACCUAAUAAGGGAAGCUGGGCCUAAAGGAUAUAUCUAUACAGAGUUGAUUCUUAAGAAGGACAAGAACACAUUCACAUUGGAUCAAGGCUGGGCAUUUCCUCUCAGGGUUUACUUCAAUGGUGAUGAGUGCUUGAUGCCCCUUCCUGAUCUAUACCCAUAUCUACCCAACUCUGCUUUUCAUAAUUCAUAUCCAAUUUUUACAUUAUCUUCUACAAUAUUGGCUACCCUUUUGGUUUUCGUAUUGCUAGUCUUACUGUAA